UAAAAGUUAUUUGGUGUUAUUAUUUUUAUAUGAGCCGAAUUUCUUAAAAUAUUGUUUAUUUUAAAUAAUCGACUUUUUUAAAUUUUAUUGCUAAAUGACGAAUUGACAGUUUACCAGUUACUAUUUUAAUAUCAAGAAAUCUGAGAGUGUUUCUAUUUUUUCACUGUCAAAAUUUAUUGGAUUUUGGCUCUUCAAAAUUGGGCGUUAAAUCUGGUUUACAAUGGCAGUUACUUCAAAUCCAUCAUCAUACGAUUCAAGAACGGAAUUUAAAAUUAAAAAUGUACCAGAGGAUGUUAUAUCAGCUCUUAAAUUUGGUCCCAGCUCGAACCAAUUUCUACUGGUUUCCUCUUGGGAUUGCUCUGUUCGUUUAUACGAUGUUGCAGCUAAUAGCAUGAGACAUAAAUAUAAUCACAAAUUGCCAGUUCUGGAUGUUUGUUUUAGUGAUGCUGUACAUUCUUUUAGUGGUGGAUUAGAUAAAACAUUAAUUCAAUAUGAUUUCAACACUAAUUCUGAGACAGUGAUUGGCGUUCAUGAAAAGACAAUACGAUGCGUCGAGUUUGCAAGCGAUAUAAAUUGUGUACUGACAGGUAGCUGGGAUGGUACAGUUAAAAUUUGGGACACUAGACUUGCUCAGUGUGUUGGUUCCUACCCACAGAGCGAUGCAGUUUAUACAAUGAAUGUUGUUGGAGAAAAACUGGUUGUAGGAACAGCUGGAAGAAAAGUUCUUAUUUGGGAUUUGAGAAACAUGGCAGUUUCUCAACGUCGUGAUUCGUCAUUAAAAUAUCAAACUAGAGCUAUAAAAUGCUUUCCAAACAAACAAGGUUAUGUCAUGAGCUCAAUUGAAGGGCGAGUGGCUGUUGAAUAUUUAGAUCCAAACACUGAAGUACAAAAGAAAAAGUACGCUUUUAAGUGUCAUCGAGUUAAAGAUGGUGGCAUAGAGUAUAUAUAUCCUGUGAAUGCAAUCAGUUUUCAUACGGGCUAUAAUACAUUUGCAACUGGAGGAUCUGAUGGUUUUGUGAAUAUAUGGGAUGGCUUCAAUAAAAAGCGUUUGUGUCAGUUCCAUGAAUAUGAUACAUCAAUUUCUUCACUUAGUUUUAGUGCAGAUAAUUCGUUGUUGGCAAUUGGCUGUUCAUACUUAAAUGAAUUGGAAACUUGUCCUGAUCCCAUACCAGAGCCGGCAAUAUUUGUUCGGCAUAUUCAAGAACAAGAGGCAAAACCCAAAAUUAUUAAAUCAGAGUAA